AGAUUAGCACUCACUCUGACUCUGAACAGCUUGGUGCGUGUCCUCAGCUUUUCUGACCGUUUGCUCGAAUAUUCCCGGAAAAACAUUGAAAUUAAGACAUGGAGGGGCUUACCAAUUCAUGUGGGGGAAACUAUUCAAUUCAAACAAAGUCAAAAGGCAUCUGACGAGCAGGAGGAGAGGAAUGGUCGGGGUUUUUUUAUUCAACUUUGGAGGCUUUUUUACACGUGUGGAUGAAGUAAUGACAGGUUCAUUGAAGCUGAAUAAGGGACCUGCUAUUGUGAUAUUUACAGAACUCGUGAUUUUCUGGACACAUCUCAAGCAGCCUUAUAACAGAUAACCCAGAAAAAAAAAACAUUAUAGACUGGAACAGAAGACUUUUUAUAUUUGACAGUCAUCCAAAAACGGAGAUUAGGAAUCACAGAGUCAGAUGGCAGAGGAAUAUGAACAGUCUGGGGCGUCAGAAUUCAUUAAAGACCGGCUGUACUUUACCACUCUGCGUGUCAAACCAAAGAAUACAGCCAACACACACUACUUCAGCGUGGAUGAGGAAUUCAUAUAUGAGAGUUUCUAUGCAGACUUUGGGCCCCUCAACCUGGCCAUGCUGUACAGAUACUGCUGCAAAGUCAAUAUGAAGCUGAAGUCCUUCACACUGUCUAGAAAGAGACUGGUCCACUACACCAGUCAUGACCAGAAGAAGAAAGCAAAUGGUGCUCUUCUCAUCGGUGCCUACGCUGUAAUCUAUUUGAAAAGAAGCCCAGAAGAAGCCUACAGGACUCUGAUCUCAGGAAACAACACAGGCUACUUGCCGUUCAGGGAUGCAGCAGUGGGAGAGUGCUCCUUCAACCUCACCGUCCUCGACUGCUUACAAGGAAUACGCAAGGCAUUACAGCAUGGUUUCUUUGACUUUGAAAACUUCGAUGUGGAGGAAUAUGAACAUUAUGAGCGAGUAGAAAACGGGGAUAUGAACUGGAUCGUUCCAGGGAAGAUUCUGGCAUUCAGCAGUCCUCACGCUCACAGUAAGAUAGAGAACGGUUAUCCUCUCCACGCACCAGAGGCGUAUUUUCCAUACUUUUGCCAAAAUGGCAUCACAGCCGUGGUCCGUUUAAACAGGAAGUUGUAUGACAGCAGGCAGUUUGAGGAUGCAGGUUUUGAGCACCAUGACCUCUUCUUCCUGGAUGGGACCACGCCCUCUGACCUCAUCAUCAGGCGCUUCCUGCACGUGUGCGAAAGUACUGAAGGAGCUGUGGCUGUGCACUGUAAAGCUGGCCUUGGCCGUACAGGCACUCUGAUUGCCUGCUACCUGAUGAAGCACUUCCGGUUCACUGCAGCUGAGGCCAUUGCGUGGAACAGAAUUUGCCGGCCUGGAUCCAUCAUUGGUCCCCAGCAGAACUUCUUAGAGGAGAAACAGCACAGUUUGUGGGUCCAGGGUGACGUCCAUCGCUCCAAACAGAAGCUCCUCCAGCAGAGGCUGAGUCGCCGGCAGCAGCUACAGCAGCUGCGCCAGCAGCAGCAGCAGCUUCACAGCGCCGACUCCGAGGGAGGGAAACAGGAAGCCAUGUCCCACCUACUCUCCAGCAUGGACGACCUGUCAAUCAACACCACCCUUUAUAAAUCAUACAGCUUGGAUGAGAAUUACAGUGUUGAAGGCAGUCUGUCUCAGGGAGACAAACUGAAAGCACUGAAGGGAAAACGACCACCUAGAUCGGCCUCCUCCUCUUCGAGGUUAAACCUGUCCAAGACCUCUCAUUGCUCCAUUCUCCCACCCCCAAAGUCCCCCAGAGUCCCCCUGUCCUUGCCCUCCUCUUCCUCCUCUUCUAAGAAGCUGGUGCGAAGCUCGUCUACCUUCGCCACACAGAUCAAAAGUCCCUUCUGCCUCAAUCUGUUCCACAGCAGGCACCCUGCCACUCACUGACUCCACGGUUUGUCGAGUCGACUGAUGAUGAAGUCAUAAACCGGACUACCAACAUGCUGUGGUUGUCUAGGCCUUAAACAUUUUAUCAACCCGUGACUAAUGUUUUGAUUAUUUGUAACUGCAGGGAUUCACAGAAUCGAGAGUUUUGUAGAGUCAACUUAAAGUGAAAGUGGAAUUAUUAUGCUUUUCCGUAUUUCCUGUCAUAUAUAUAAUGUCAUAAUGUUGGAUUUUCAUAAACGUGGC